AUGUCGGACAGUUCCAUCAAGUCAGCAAAGGCAUCGGACGUGCAGGACAGCGCCGUGCAGAGCGAUGUCGAAAAAGGGCCCGAGCCAACCACACCCCAACGUGCCAUCAGGGGAUGGAGGUGGUGCCUGGUCGUCAUCGUGAUGCUGUCUAGCAUUUUCCUCUUCUCACUGGACAAUACCGUUGUCGCAGAUCUGGUCCCGAUCCUCGUUACUGAAUUCGACGCCGUUGACCAAUUGACGUGGCUAUCGGUUGGCUUCACUAUCGGUGCUGUUGUCCUCGCCCUGUCCUGGGGGAAGGUCUACGCGACAUUUGAUACCAAAUGGCUGUUCAUUGGUUCUACCCUCCUGUUCGAAGCCGCAUCAGCCCUCUGCGGUGCUGCACCCAACAUUUCUGCGGAGAUAGUCGGACGUGUUCUUGCCGGCGUCGGUGGUAAUGGAAUGUACCUGGGUACUCUGACUCUGGCCUUCAUCCACACGUUGGAUACGGAGCGACCUCUGUACCUGGCCUCCAUUGGAAUUCUCUGGGGCCUCGGCACCGUCCUUGGACCUGUCGUGGGCGGAGGCUUUGCCAAAGUCGACUGGCGCUGGGCCUUCUACAUCAACCCGAUUAUCGGAGCCUUCCAGCUUGUGAUCUGUUACUUCCUCAUCCCCAGCACCGAUCCUGCUCCGGGGAUUCCCUUGUCGACUCGCUUCGCCCGGUUCGACUACAUCGGCUCGGUCCUUAUCACUGGUGCCAUCACUACGUUUGUAAUGGCAACAAAUGUCGGUGGCACCAUGUGGUCAUGGGGCAGUGGCCCCAGCAUAGCCCUCUUCGUCGUUGCUGGCGUGCUCAUCCUGGCGUUCGCAAUCCAACAGGGCUUCAAGAUCCUGACCCGCUACGAGGAUCGCGUCUUCCCCGUGCAGUUCCUUUGGAACAAGGACGCGGUCCUGCUCUUCAUCUGCGCGGCUGCUUCAAACACAGCUGCCUUUGUCCCCAUCUACUACAUUCCCAUCUACUUCCAAUUCACCAGGGGGGAUACGCCACUGGAGUCUGCAGUCCGUCUCCUGCCUCUCAUCUUUCUCCUCAGUGCAACCGUCUUCACCAAUGGCCAGGUCAUGUCCAAGUGGGGCUCCUUCCAGGACUGGUACAUCGGCGGCAACAUCUUGAUCAUUAUCGGAGGCGCUCUGUUCUCGCGGAUCACCGCUGAGACGUCUACUUCGGCAAUAUACGGCUAUGAGGCUCUGCUCGCUCUCGGUUCUGGCGCCAUCGUACAGGCCGGAUAUACGGUCAUCUACCUCUUCAUCAAGCCCGAAGAGAGCGCUGAUGGAGUGAGCUUCAUGACCCUUGGCCAACUGGGAGGCAUUGCUAUUGGUCUUUCCGUCUGCGGGGCCGUUUUUCUCAAUCGGGCAAUCGUUUCGUUGCAGCCGCUCCUACCGGACAUGAGCCGGGUUGACAUUCAACGUGCCGUUUCAGGAACCAGUAGCAGCGUCUUCCUCUCAUUGCCCGAGGAGACAAGAAAAGCAGCGCUGGACGUGAUCGUUAAAUCUCUGACCAAGGUUUUCAUUCCGGUGUAUGUUGCCGGUGCGGUGGGACUGAUUUGCUGUGUUUUCAUCAAGAGGAAGAACAUUGGCCGAGUCAUGGCUGGUUUGGAAUAG